AAGCAUUGCCAAUGCCAAGGUGAUAGCACAGACAACGCGCAUCAUUGCAAGAAGCAACAACAGCAACUCGUUUAAACUCAGAGUUUGAAACAAAAUACAAACUAAACCAAAACGAAGCAGCAGCAACAGCAAGCAGCAUUUUAAAUUUACAAUAGUGGCAAAAAUACAAAAACAUUUGUAACAAUAGCGGCAUCUUCAAUUUACCUUGACUCUAGCACCACUACUUUUUUCAAACGCAGUUACAACGGCGACGUCAACGCCAACGACUUCAGUGUCAUUUUACGAAGAAAGAAAAUCUCUUGAACGAGCGAGCUAUUGAGCAACGUAGCCGAGUUUUGAUCGUUUUUUUUUCUUUGGCGAGCGCACGAACGAGCGAGCGUAAUAAAAAGUCUUUCUUUUUUCCCCCAUUUAUUGAAAACUCCAGUGUAAAAGUAUAUGAUCUUAUAUAACUACAUAUUAGCUUGAAGAAUACUUUAGUUAUACGGUCACCUUCCUACGGUCAAGUUCGCUUUCCUUCCAUUAAUUGAAUAAAAAAGAAAUAACUAACCAAAAAGAAACUGUAACUAAAAAAUUUUUACUUAAAGGAGACCCUAAAACAUUAUAUAUUAGAAACAAAAAAAUUGAGUGCUAAAAUAUUUGGAUUAUUCAAACCAGGAAUUUUAUAUCCUCUUAUACAAAGUGCGAAAAUUCUUAAUAAAAAGAAUUAAUUUUAUUUAAAGAGAAAAAAACAAGUGCAUUAAAAGCAGUGUUUUUUUUGAAACAAACAAUUAAAUAAAAUUAUUUAACAAAAAAAGUGCAAUAAAUAAUUUUUAACAAAUUUGUUCAAUCUGAUCAAUGGUGCUGCAAAGGAUUUAAUAACAAUAACAGCCACAACAAUAAACUGGAUUAUUUUACAAAAAGUGGAAAUUUUUUAAAAAAAUUUAUAAAAAAUUUCUUUAACUUACACUCUAAAAAGACCCACCUCAACAAUUUGAUUAUCUUUAUAUUUUGCUUUAAUUAAGAUUAAUAAAUCUAUUACCGUGCUUUAAAACCACUUUUUAUCUAAAUAGAACAGAAACAGAGACAACAUGUUCUUACGCAAAAGUCUAGUAUUCUUAAUGCUUUUCCUAGUGAUUAGCUCAGCGUCAGCUGCACGCAAAACAAAACGUCCCGUCAAGCCGGCCAAAACAUUUCCCCGUACAAAUGUAACACCUUCACCCCAGCAACAACUGGCGGCUGCACCAACAACAUCCACAACAUCAACAACCACCUCGACUACAGCAGCACCAAUUAAACAGGAGAAUGUUAGUGUUGAGGAAGCUGAUCUAACAGGAAAUGUUAUGAAUGACAGUGAAUUGCCAAAACCAUUGGACGCUGCUGUCGCUGCUGCGGUUAAUCAAGCGAACGGAAAUAUGCAACAUGAACAAUUGCAACAAGAAUCAAAGACUGAAAUGCCAACGGAAUUAGAAGGCGGUAAUAAUGGUGGUGCUGGUAUGAUUGAAGAGGAAUGUGAUCCGGAUAUGAUUGGUUUUGAAAUUAUAACGGGUUAUGUAUUAUCGGCGCCAUCAAAAUUACUUGACACACUGCCUGGUACACUCAUGUUGACCGAUUGCUUAGAGGCUUGUCAGAUAAAUGAAUCAUGUACGGCUGUUAAUUAUGAAACCGGCUUAUGUGUACUAUUCAAAACAACAGCGGAUAAAACACCAGGAUCACUUUCGCGUUCACAGUACCCAGUUUUUACAAUUUACGCACAAAAAUCUUGUUUGGGUGUACGUCCUUGCUCUAAAGCCUGGUGCAUUGAUCGUGUACAAAACUAUCGUUUAGUUGAACAUGUUAAAUCCAGUCAGACAGUCUAUUCAAGACGUGAUUGCUUGGAAUUGUGUUUGGGUGAAACUGAAUUUACAUGCAGAUCGGCCAAUUAUUAUCGUCAUUCUGGCUUGUGCGAAUUGUCUGAUAUGGAUCGUAUUACUUUGUCUGGCUCUACCAAUGUGGAACCCUACGAUGGUGCUGAUUACUUGGAAAACAAUUGUGCCGAAGAACCCAGUAAAUUGUGUGAAUUCAAGAGAAUUUCUGGAAAAAUCUUAAAGACUGUAGAUUCUGUUUAUCAAGAUAUCAACUCUAUUGAAGAAUGUCGUGAAUUGUGUUUGAACUCACCAUACAGAUGUCAUUCUUAUGAUUACAACGAUACUGGUGAUAUGGUCUGCCGUUUGUCCCAUCACUCUCGCUCUACUUUGACCGAUGUUUUGGAUCCCUAUUUGGAUGUUGCCGAGGCUGCUACUUAUGAAUUGUCUUCUUGCUAUAAUGUUUCUAUUGAAUGUAAGGCCGGUGAAAUGAUUACCAAGAUUCGCACCUCAAAAUUGUUCGAUGGCAAGGUCUAUGCUAAGGGUUCACCCAAACACUGUGCCGUUAAUGUUAACAACUCCUUGGAAUUCGAUUUCCGCAUGGGCUACAAUGAUUUGGAAUGUAAUGUUCGCCAGUCUGCCUAUGGCCGUUAUAUGAAUGAUAUUGUUAUUCAACAUCAUGAUAUGAUUGUUACUUCUUCCGAUUUGGGUUUGGCUGUCUCAUGCCAAUUUGACUUGACCAACAAAACUGUCUCGAAUGAUGUUGAUUUGGGUGUUACGGGAGAAAUUGAAUCUUCGAUAAGCGAAGAAAUCAUCAUUGACUCACCCAAUGUAAUAAUGAAGAUCACUUCACGCGAUGGCAGCGACAUGAAACGUAUUGCUGAAGUUGGUGAUCCCUUGGCUUUGAGAUUCGAAAUUAUCGAUCAAAACAGUCCCUAUGAGAUCUUUGUUCGUGAAUUAGUUGCUAUGGAUGGUGCUGAUAAUGCUGAGAUAACUUUGAUUGAUGCUCACGGUUGUCCCACCGAUCAAUAUAUUAUGGGUGCUGUACAGAAAAUGUCACAGAAUCGUAAAUAUUUGGUUUCUCAAUUCGAUGCUUUCAAAUUCCCCUCUUCGGAUGUUGUACAAUUCCGUGCUUUAGUUACUCCUUGUAUUCCUCGCUGUGAACCGGUUAUUUGCGAUAAUGAAGAUGCUGUCAGUGGUGAUUUGAAAUCUUUAGUUUCCUAUGGCCGCAAAAAGAGAUCUAUUGUUAAUGGUACAGAUGGUGCUGAAUUUUUGUUGUCCUCUAGCCAUUUGCAUCGUCAGCAACGUGAUGUUAGCCAAAAACCUGCCGAUGAUAAGAUUUUAUUAACUGAAUCCAUUCAAAUUACUGACAAAUUCGGUUUCAAUCGUGAAGAUGCCAAUGCUUUGAACUCUGCGGAAACUCGUGAAAAGGUUUAUUCCGGUAUUACAGAAGAAGCUAUCACUUGUCUCAAUGGUUAUGGUCUCAUUAUUGCUGGUGCUGUAUUCUUAUUGGCACAAUUAUCAGUAUUUGCCAUUUGGAAGACUGUACAAAAUCGUUCCAAGAAAGAACGUUACUUAUACCACCAAGACUCUGCCCCCUCUUCGGUAAACUAUGGCGCUCCUCCCACCAUGGUCUAUGGUUCAUCUCAUCACAAUCAUGGCGGACAUCAGCAACAACCCACAGCCAGUGAUACACUAGGAAAACUAUAUGACAGUGGCAUGACUGGACGUUAUGGACAACAAUACUAAAUUCCACAACAAUAACAACAAUUCAACGAAAAUUAAAAAAAAAAAAAAA